AUGAAUGUAAGCAGGACCAAGACAUCUAAACGCACACAGAGACGAUUCAGUGUCUAUCAACAGCAAUCACCAAAAUCAACAGAACAGCAACAGAAAAAACUAAAACAGGAGAAACUGCAGCAACAGCAGGACCAGCAGCACCAGGACCAGCAGCAGCAACUCUCACAAGAACAGGUACACGAUCAAAAAGAUCGAUAUGAAGAAAAAGAGCUAAAGCAAGAACAAAAAAAAAUGGAACAGGAACAAGAACAAAAUCUAGACGUGGAACAGAAGUUAAACCCAGACGAAGAUCAGGAGCAAGAGCAAACUGAAGAUCCACAGCUGAAAACAGAGCCAUCCCAGGCAGCAAAAAAGGAAUCAAAAGAUACACAAACAAGAAAGGAGCAGAAUUUCUGGUACUGGCUCCCUCACCUCACUGACAAUUCUCCGUGGGAAUGUCUUGUCAAGGGUAAAGGCCAAGAAAUUUUAGAAACAGUUUUCAGCAGUACAUCAGGAUCUCAGUAUACAAAAUUUACACGCCGACACAGAGAUCCAUCUCAUGAAGCCAGACCAACAGGAAUGCAGCACAGGCCUGGUACCUCAGCAGGAUGUAGCAAUAAUGUUCCAGGAACAAGAAAUGUUUCUCAAAGUGGACCGUCUCAUGGGGGAAUGACAGAUCCACGAAUGUUUCUUCCAUUAAUGCAGGCAGCUCGCAGUAUGGGUUUUGAUCCUAACAUGUUUUCUCAUUUGGGGUUAUCUGCUCCUGCACAGAAUCCAGCUGCUCCAGAGGGAUCACAACGUCUACCAAAUAUUAAUUUCCUGCCACCAACACCAUCAUCACUAGAGUCUAGUCUAAAUGAGACACUGAAUAUCAUCCAGGAAAUUAUUGCAGGGACUGUUGCUCUGUGUCGCCAGCGGCCAGAGCUAACAAUAGGUCAAAUAAAAAGAAAAAUUAGAGGAUUGUUUCAUCAGAUGAUUACUGAACCUGCCAACAAACCUCAGCAGUAAGUGAAGGAGGUGCCAUGAUGACAAUACUCCAUUUAAGAUCAUGUGGGAAAUUUUG